AUGACAAAAAUAUACGGCACCGGAGUUUUCGAUUUCAGGCGGCAUCGGGUGGCUGAGUACCCGGUGGCUGCGGACGCGCUGCCUCCGCCAGAAAAGCCUGCCAUAACGGCGGGCUCGGGCCCUAAGAAGUCCUUCAGCCUGGACCUCGUUGGUGAAAUUUACUACACUGAGCCUCGUUGGUGGAAGAAAGACAAUGCCACUGCAGAGGGUGAUGAUACUGGAAGUGAGUCUAGAAGUGAGUCAAUACUUGGAGAACUACCUUUGGCCAAAUUUUGCUCCAGAAGCGCUUCUUUUGAGCAUGUGAUGUCCAUGAUAUUAAUGGUCAAUGAGAAGUUUCGAGAAUUGUCCAUUGCAAAUGGAGCUGGAAGAGUCAUUGUUGACAAUUCUCCUGGCAUAUUUCGAGAAAAUGUGGCUGCUUGGAUACGCUUUUAUAAUAGAAAGGAUAUGUUUGAAGCAUUCCUUGAGAGAGUACUUCGCCUAAAAGAGAGCUUGGAAGAUGAGAUAAUAAGUGAAAGGAUUAUGAGAUUAGUGAGUUUGGACUGUUGGCAUAGCCUAUCAUACGGCGUUUUCAGGAUUGCAAAACGAGCCAAAUAUGCGAUCAAAAGUGGGGAAGCAUUGGAUCACUCAACCAGGGUGGAAUCGUAUUGUGAAAGAUUCAUGGAGUUCCUUAUUGAUCUUUUCAGCCAGUUGCCGACAAGGAGAUUAGUUCGGCCUCUUGUUUCUAAUGUUGCUAUUGUUUCCAAAUGUUUCGAUAUUGAUGAUCAUCAAGGUCGACAAAUGACUGAUGAUGAGGUGCUUCAAGCGCAUUAUAAGCGCAUCCAGGCUUUUCAGCUAUUCACAUUUAAAAAGAUUCCUAAGUUGCGAGAGCUUGCAUUGGCUAACGUUGGGGCGAUUAACAGGCGGAGUGACCUUGCCAAGAAACUUUCAAUUCUUUCUCCUGGAGAGUUGAGGGAUUUAGGACUGAUCCGGAUCAACCCAGAUAGGAUCUACCGAUGA